AGUCAUGUGAUGUUUUUAGCAAUGACUGUAAGCUGCUUCGCCUGAUCUGAGUGCUAGCCCUGCUUUCUCCCCGGGGAAGACCUGAUUCUGGGAGUGGAAACCUCUGUAGGAGUAGCAGAAGAACCCACAGCAAGUGACGUAGUACCCUGCUGUAGAAUUGGCUGCGACUUCUGUUGCUGUCUAUUUACUCUGAGCUGAACCUGUGAAAAGACCCCAGAAUGUCAUAUGGAUCCAUCCAGUGGAGCACCUUUGGAAAUCGUAACCUACUUGGGGGCCCAACGAGGCAGGGCUACCAACCAGUAGCAAAGACUGCUUGCAAUGCCAGGAGGACAGCCUUACCACCAGUCUGGAAAAGUUCACCCCAGAUACCACAGAUCCUUGCAGCCUUCCCUACCCCCAGAUGAUUCACCGCCUGUGCAAUCUCAGAGAGAAUGGAUGGUUUACAGCUGAUUGGAGGAUCAGCCUCGAGAACCAUGGACCCAAAGAUGUCCACCGCCUUAGCUGCACAGGUGAGCCCAUCUGAGCUGCAGGAUGUCUUCCAGGAGACCUCAUCCAACAUUUUCCAGAUCAAUGGCAAUGUUGUGAGCCUAGGGAAGAUUUUCCAGUCCUUGGGAACUUCCAGAGACACACCAGAGCUGAGAGAAACACUGCAUUCCACCCAGCAGCAGACCAACAUAGUCAUCACCAGGACAAGUCUACUCAUCAAACAGCUCUCUGACAUCAUCAAUGGCUCCUCACGGCAAGACCGACUGCGUCUGACAAGACUUAAGAAGGAACUCUCUGAUUCUGUGCAGUGCUAUGGUGAUCUCCAAAAGAAAAUUGCAGAUCGCUCCAGGGCCUUGCUUCCCACAACCCACAAAGACAAGAAAAAGGACAACCAGACUCUGUUUGACGAGCUGUGUGACAAGAAGCCAGUGUUUGCAGCGGAGGGGACUGCAGAGGGUCCUAAGCAGGCCUUCCUCUCAGAAAUCAGUGAGGAAGAUGUGGAGCUUCUCCAUCAGAGAGAGGAGACACUUAUGCAAAUUGAGAGAGAUAUGCUGGACGUGAGCCAAAUAAUGAAGGAUCUGACUUCCAUUACACAUGAACAAGGUGACACAAUAGACAGUAUUGAGGAGUACAUUCAGACCACCACUUCCAGCGUGGAGUCAGCCAAUCAGGAACUUGCCAAGGCCAGCCACCAUAAGAAGCAACUAAGAAAAAGGAGCUGCUACAUGCUAAUUGCUGGAGCGGUGGCCUUUAUCUUUCUCAUCAUCAUAAUUGUUGUGUCAGUGAGGAAAUGAGUCAUUUUACCAGCUGUUCAUAUGAGUCUGGAUACUGUAUAAUACUCUGAAAAAAAUAAUGUAUUGAGAAAUGUUGAGAAUGUUUUUGUGUCAGUUUUUCUUAGCUACAGUCGAACAUUGAAUUGCUUCCAUGAAUACAUGUGUGUUUAUUAAUUAAAUGCUGCAUAUUGAUAUAUAAUGAUAUGUGAUAUAUAUUUCGGUGUGUUAAUUAUUAAGAUAAACACCUAACUGUACACGUUUUGUUGAUUUGUUGCAAGCUAUUGUUGUUAACUUCCUAAAUAAAUUUAUUAUUUUGUGUUCUGAACUGGUAUUGUGACUUCCAAGGAGUGAUUGUUUUUCAAUCCUAUUGUGUCUUGUAAUUAUCAAUUAUCCUACCCUGAUUGCCCUCGGGUAUUAUUCCUGUGUUUUACCCUUUAUAUGUCAGGGCUUAGGGCUUGGCUGUUGAGCAAAGAUUUUGUUGCAUUUGCUGGAGUUGGUAUGGUCACGGUCACUAGUAACCCAAUAUAGCUUCUUUAAGCAUUGAAGCAUUCCAGCCUGUAGUAUUGAAAAGUGGUCCAUUUCUUUAUGUGGGGGUGGUGUGUGGCUCAGUGGGCUAAGCCUCUGUGGUUGUGAUCAGAAGGUCUGCUUUGGCCUGACCUUUGCAGAACACUCACAUGUCUGUGGGCCCUCAAACAGGACCCUUAAAUCCAGCUCCAGGGAUUCUGCACACUGGCUAACCUGUUGCUGUGACCCCUAAGCUUGUUUUCACUUGCAUAUGUGUUUCAUGGAGAGAGACAGGUAAAGAGGAGCAUUCCAGUGUACCUGUCUUUGUGCAAAUGAAAGUUCAUUCUCUUACAUAAUUUACAUCAUUGCUGGAGAAAAGAGCUUAGAGGAGGACAUAGGGUAGUGCACAUUGGAUCAUCAAACUAGUGUUAUUGUACCUGAAAUUGUAAUGGCGAUUCAACUUUUUGUGCCCGUUCCUGUUCUAAAUUGGUUUAGGUUUUGUAUAGAUAGGCUUGUUCUAUUUAGUUGUGUUUCUUAAACACUUUUUCGCCAAACUACUUAAAAUUUCACAAUAAAUAUGUUUCAGUUGUGAGUUAGGACUCCAAAUGUCUUUUCUUCUAUUAAGACAAUAGAUAAAGUAUCUGAUAAUAAAUAAGUAUUGUUACUAGUAUGUGUUUGUGCUAGUUGUCACACAAUGCCAAUCUGACCUUCCAGUUUCCUCCCUAGUGUGGCUGUAACGAGCCACACCUGUUAAUCGUUUGUCUUACCUCUGAUUCCUGGCCUCCUGUUAAUCACUCCCAGCUGCCUCUUGUUCGUUCCUUUAUUAGUCAUGUAUUUAAG